AUGAUGCUAGAAUGUGAUUUAGAUGACAAUGAUCCACUCUCGUUAUAUUUGAAAAAAGCUCCAAUGAGUGGAACGUCAUCGAAUAAUAAUAUUACAUCGCCAACCACAAAUAGAAUUCGAGACGAAUGUCGAGCGGGAGAUAACAGAAGUGAUUCGAUUAGUGACGUUAGACGACAACGUUCACAAAAUAUAAAUCACGCUGUAACCGAUGCCAAAAUUGAUAAGGUAGAAGAGACAGAACUGAUAAAAUCAGUUGAGAAAUUAAUGAAGGCUGUUACAAGGUAG